AUGUCAGCAUUAAGGGGGCGUUUCUUUCGGGAGAUUCAUCAAGUUAUCUGGGGAAGUGAUUCCUGCAUUUUCAAAACUCCACGUUUGGAUCUCGAAGACGAGAUUGAAAGAUGGAUUAAGGCUUCCAACAUCUCUCUCAAGAUACUGUUCCCCAGCGAGCGGCGACUCUGCGACCGCGUAUUCUUCGGGUUCUCUUCUGCUGCUGACUUCUCUUUCAUGGAGGUUUGCAGGGGAUCGACAAUUCAGUUGCUGAAUUUUGCCGAUACCGUCGCGAUUGGGAGCCAUUCGCCGGAGCAAUUGUUCAAAAUCCUUGAUGUGUUCGAGACAUUGCGUGACUUAAUUCCUGAGUUUGAGUCUCUGUUUUGUGAUCAGUACAGUGUGUCGUUCAGGAACGAAGCAAUCACAAUUUGGAAGAGGUUGGGGGAAGCAAUCAGAGGAAUUUUCAUGGACUUGGAGAAUCUGAUUCGCCGUGAUCCGGCAAAGUCGGCGGUUCCCGGUGGUGGACUUCAUCCAAUUACUCGCUACGUGAUGAACUACCUUCGUGCCGCUUGCCGGUCACGGCAGGCCCUGGAGCAAGUGUUUGAAGACUAUGGGUUUCCGUUGAGAGAAUACCCCAAGCUUGAUGAAGUUCCGUCCUCUUCUUCUCUGUCAGUGCAAAUGGAUUGGAUAAUGGAGCUUAUGGAGAGCAAUUUGGAAGCAAAAUCCAGAAUCUACAAAGACCCUGCUUUGUGCUAUGUUUUCUUCAUGAAUAACGACAGGUACAUAGUUCAGAAGACCAAAGAUGGUGAAUUGGGAACACUUUUGGGUGAUGAUUGGAUCCGAAAACACACUGCAAAAGUUCGGCAAUAA